AUGUAUCAAGUUGUAAUACCAGCAUUUUUAUUUCUUUCUCUUUUGGCAGUAAUUGCAAAUUCUUUGGUUAUUUUGGCAUUAAAAGCUUCAAGAGUUCGAAAUGCAACAGUUACUUUACUUUUAAGUUUAACAUUUUCCGAUAUUUGGUCAAGUUCUGUAAUGGCUUUAUCUCUUUUAAUAAAUAGUUAUUUGCCUACAGUUUUACAUACACAACCAAGACCUUGUGUUUCGCUUUCUCUUGAGGUUUUUUAA